AUGGCUUCAAACUCCAAGACUUCUACCACUUCCCAUACCACCAUAUCUUCCACAAUACGACGACGAGAUCGUUCUGAAAUAGACACAACCGGCCGCCGAUCAAUUUUUCAAGUACGCGGAGCUUCAUAUCCGCCACGAAGACGUGCAAGAUUUAGUAAACAAAAUUCCCAAAUUGCAACAAACGAAGACGAAGUUUUCGAAGAAGACAUUCAAAUUCUUGAAUCACACAUUGACAUAAUUGAAGACAAGGUAAACGUCCUAACGCUAACCAAAUCGACUAUCAUUCAAAACGCUUCGGAACAACUCUCUGAUAAACCGGAUACUAAAGAGAGAAAGUUUUCGGAGUUGAGCAUCGACGAAUUAUUGAAAUUAACAGGUUUGCUUGAUAACAGUCAUACAGAACAGAAUACGAAUACGAAUACGACGGAAUUACAGCCGGGUCAAUUCGAC